GAUCGUCGAGUGCGGGUCAGCUAUUGGUUCAUUAUGCAUAGCAAUCAAGUGAAAAUUUUAGGUACUUUGAUUUUGUUCAUUAUUAAGUGUACCAGCGACGAACUGCAACUAGUCUACCAGUGGAAUCAGAUAUCUGCCCCUAAAUUGGAUCGCGAUAAAAGCAAUGUAGUAUUCAAUUCCUCAGACGAACCCCCCAAGAACAACGAAACCUUUUACGCUUAUGGAAAUCUACCAAUGGGUGUGGCUCACCACAAGGGUCGCCUUUUUCUAACUUUUCCUCGCAGACGACCAGGAACUCCUUAUACCCUUGCCGUUAUCAACAUGAAUACAGUUCGUGAUGUUAACAAUCCGCCCAUGACUGGUUAUCCUGAGCCAAUUGUAAACACAUUACACCUGGACUAUGCUGCGGAUUCUAAACGAAUUGUCUCCGUGUAUCGUGCUCGAGUAGAUAAAUGUGAUCGCUUAUGGUUUGUUGAUACCGGUUACCUUGAAUAUCCUGGCAACAAACGUCAGGUCCAACGACCGUCCUUGUGGGUAAUUAAUCUUUCUACUGAUCGCCGCAUUCAGCGUUUCGAGAUACCAGCCGAAAUAGUCGAACUCGGAUAUGGAAUGGCCAGUGUUACAGUGGAUGUAGAACCGGAUAAAUGUGAUGAAGCUUACGCAUAUAUUCCCGACUAUGAAUGGCAAGGGCUGUAUGUGUAUAGCUUGUCACAAAAUCGAAUGUGGCGCUUCAAACAUAUUUUUUUCUCUUUCGAACCGCAAUAUGGUAAUUUUAACGUCGCUGGAAUUCGGUUUGUUUGGAACGAUGGACUAUUCUCGGUGGCCAUAGGCAACACUGAUUCAGUUACGGGUAAUCGAAUGGUAUAUCUCCAUGCGAUGGCGGCCGUAGGCGAGAUUGCCGUUUCUAAUAGUGUUUUGAAAAAUGAAACUCUGGCCCAUUCAGGAGAUGACUACAAUCAAUUGUUUAAACAUCUGGGUUCUCGCGGACCGAAUACGCAAAGCUCCAGUCAUACAUUCGAUGAAUCCACCGGAGUUCUAUUUUACGCAGAAGUGAAUCGUAAUUCUAUCGGUUGCUGGAACAGUAAGCAAAAAUUCGAUGCGGAUAACCAUGGGAUCGUGCAUUUAGAUAAUAGCAACAUGAUUUAUCCAGCCGAUUUAACGAUCGACAACGAAGGUGUUAUAUGGGUAAUUUCCAAUAAACUGCCUAUUUGGAUCUACUCGAAACUAAACGUUACUGAUUUCAACUAUCACAUAUGGCGUCAAACAGCUGAAACUGCUAUCGACGGUACGAUUUGUAUGUAAUGUUUUCAUAAACAGUGAUCGUGUGGAAAAAAAUCCAUAGAGAACAAUAAAAUUCCGGCAUUCUUUCAAAUUCAUCAAAGAA